CCUUGCCGGGCUCACGGAGGCUCGGCUGUGGCGGGUGCAGCGGGCCUCAUGGCGGCCGGGCCGCCGACCUCAGGUGCCGCCGUAUCGGCAGCUGCCUACCCCGACUCCCCCGUGGAGUUCCCCGCUCGCCUCCGGGCCGGCGCCAUGCGGAGCCGCUUCUGGGGCGUGCUCAACUGUCUGUGCGCCGGCGCGUUCGGGGCCCUGGCGGCCGCCGCCGCCAAGCUGGCCUUCGGCGGGCAGGUGAAUAUUGGCUUGUGUGUCUUAGGCAUUAUUGCCAUGGCAAGCACCAAUUCUCUGAUGUGGACCUUCUUCAGCCGCGGCCUCAGUUUCUCUAUGUCUUCAGCCAUUGCAUCUGUCACAGUGACAUGUUCGAACAUACUCAGCUCGGCCAUCUUAGGCUACGUGCUGUACGGAGAGUGCCAGGAGGUCUUGUGGUGGGGAGGGGUGUUCCUCAUCCUCUGUGGGCUCACCCUGAUCCACAGGACACUUCCACCCACCUGGGAGGCAAGCAAGCAGCAGUGAUAGACCCACUGUAAAGGUGACUGCGAUGCCCAGCCAUGGGUUGGCAAAUAGGACUGCCUCCAGGAUGGCCUGGGAGUGCAGCCUUUGACUGUCGGCCACAAGGAGAUGCUCGACCAACCUCAGGCCUCUGGCCAGCUCACAGCCUGGAGUGUUGAAGCAUUAGCUCCUGUCAGAUGACGAUAACCACCACAGCAUGAGGCCCAAGACCUUCAGUGUUGGUACAGGGCUCUGAAUCGUGUGCUCCAGAGCUGCCUUGAUGAGCCCUGGAAGAUUAUGUUGGUUAUAAUCCUCCUACCUGACCAUGACCCUUCAUAUACCCCGGAGUCGGCAGCUGGCGGGACGUCCUGAUGGUAAAAAAGCAAACAAACUUACAAUGUGUCAGGUAGUCUGUCAACGCCUAUGAAUCCGCAGCAAAGGAAGGAAACGGGCUAAUAAAUCUUACUUUGUAAGAUAAAGGUACUGGGUGUGGAAUCUUAAUUCUUUCCAAUUGCAGCCAGGUAGCUGAGUUCUCAGAAUUGGGGUUGUGGAGUGGUACUCAUGGAGAUUGUGUGCCCCUGCCUCCAUCUCCAGCUCCACCCUUGUGGUUCCUCCCUAAGCCAGGACCCAGCAAAUGAAGGUUCUUUCCCCUGCUCGUGUGCGCAGGUGACAAAAACUGCGUCUGCCAGCGGGGACCCGGCCUCAGUUCUCACACAACGGUUUCUAUCUCAGCUUCUGUUCUGUCCUGCACACUGGACUCCCCAGUGGCUGGACUGCUAAUAUAGAAAGGUUUGCAAGUCCAUGACGUCCAGUUCCGGUUUGUGCUUCUGUGUCUGCUCACUUGCUGCGCUCCUGGCAACAACCUCUGCCAAACCCAGUUCCAGACUCCUUUAAACCCUCCCAGGAGCCAAGGCAAAGCUGUUGGUUACUUAGCCCACUUUGUAAAACCACCUGACCACUCCAUGAGAAACACACUCUAGUAUUCUCAUCUUAGGUAAGGAAACAGAGUCUCAGGAGCCCGUGGAGUAACUUGUCCAACAUCACACAGCUAAUGAGGACUAGAAAGACUGUCAGCCCCGUCUUUCUCUAAGCCUAGAGAGGCUUAACCCUCAAUCUUGUCUCCUCAAUAAAUCAAGAGCAAAGAGACCCGGUAGCAAACUGUACCAAGUCUCAGAACUUCGUCACUAACCACUUCCUUGUUUAUGAGGGUUUCAUGAUGGUCAUUCUACCAGUGAGAAAGAAAGCCCCCCUAAGGUGUGUUCCUGUUGGGGGGCUGUGGACCCCCAGACCCUGAAUUUCUUGUAAACAACUUGUUAUGCUUGCAGCUGCUCUGAGCAAAACAAUUUGUUUUCCUGUAUUUGCAGCUGCUCAGAGCAUGAGACCCUCAGGAGUUCCUGAUGGCAGGGGAGUGGUUUUUGGUGGGUUUGGCUAGGGCUUGGCUAUCAGUUAAGGAUCCCUAUAUAAGCUGCCCCUGAACACAAUAAAGGGGGCAUUC